AGUGCAAUAUCCAAGAAAGGCAAGAAGAAUAAAAGCGCUAACAAGAUUGCCGGUGCUGAUGAAAAGGUGAAAGAAUGCAAGAAACGAGCUCGAGAGAACGAAGUUGAUGGUGGUAGAGAUUGCCCUGUUGAAGAGAUUACAAGACCCACAGUAAAGAAAGCGAAGCUUCUGAACUACAGUCAGGAGUUUAGAAAACCAAGAAAAGGUUAGUCCAAGGUUGGUUCGUUCGCCGAAAAGAGAUUUUGCCGAACGGACAAUUUGCCGAAAAUAGAGAUGUUAUUUCAUCAAAUAUUAAACACCCACGUUCGCCCACAUUGUUAAUCAAAUUGUUUGGGACGGUGACUCAAUUGUCAUGUGAGUCAUUAGCAGUGCAUAACCAUAUCGAUAGUUUGUUUGUGCAGCGGAUGACUCAUCUGUUAGGAACGUGUUUUGACGUCAGGUCAUAAACAAACAAGCGUAUAAAAAGGCAGCGGCGUAAGCAAAUUUCAUUUCGAGAAUCAUGGAACACAUUCGCAAAUUGCAGAAUGCUCUGGCAGACUCUCAACUCUAGUGGAAAGCUUAUGGCAGCAGCCAUCAGAGCAUUCUCAUCCACCUGAUCCAUCUCACGUGACUGCCCAAAGAGCAGUGUCAGCAUCAACAUCGUGCCGGUUAAAUAUAACCAUUAUAAAAUAUGUACGAUAAUAUAUAUGCUUUUUAUGAAAUAUAUACACAAUAAACUUUUACCUUAACAUUCAGGAAUCAUGUUAUUCUCAUGCAGCUGUCAAUAUGAAACGAAACAUAUUCACUAUCAAAGUUUCUGUCAUCAAAGUCAACAAUGACUUUUAUCAAAGACUUUAAUCACAGAAACUUUGAUAGUCUAAACGAGUCUUUAAAUUUCUAAUAAUAUCUCUAUUUUCGGCAAAUUGUCCGUUCGGCAAUAAGUCUUUUCGGCGAAAAGUCCGUUCGUCAAAAUGUCCGUUUGGCGAAAUGAUCGUUCGGCAAAAUGUCCGUUUGGCGAAAAGUCCGUUCGUCAAAAUGUCCGUUUGGCGAAAUGAUCGUUCGUCAAAAUGUCCGUUUGGCGAAAAGUCCGUUCGUCAAAAUGUCCGUUUGGCGAAAUGUUCGUUCGGCAAAAUGAUCGUUCGGCAAAAUGAUCGUUCGGCAAAAUGUCUUUCGGCAAAAUGUCCGGCCACCGUAUUAGGGAGGUGCCGGUAUUAGACAUGGGGUGUCCAUAUUUGAGAUAUGUCCGCAUUUCAGAGCUAGAUAUGUCCGUAUUAGAGAAGUGUCUGUAUUAGAGAAAUGUCCGUAUUAGAGAAGUGUUCGUAUUAGAGAGGUGCCUGUAUUAGUAAUGCUCGACUGUAAACUCUUGUUUAAAAACCAUGUUUUCUUUUCAAGGUCAAAAACGUAAAGUUCGAAGUGUUGAAAGUAAGGAAAAUACCGAUGUCGUGGAGAAAAAAGAUGGUAAAACUGAACCUUUGGAAAAAUCUGCAAAAUGUCGGAAGUUAUCAAGUGAUGACGACUUUAUAAAACGACCAUCACCUCGCUGUCAGAGCAAAUCCAAAGUGAACACAGUGAACAGCGAUGCUGCAAAGGACAGUGGAACUGAGACGACAUGUUUGCGCAAGUCGCGGAGAUUACAGGAGAAAUCCACUGUUGAAGAAGCAGAUAAACAGGUAUGUUUUGUUUCUGGUCAGAAUUGUCGCUGGUAAGAUUGAGGUUCCCUACUCUGGAUAAAGUAAGGUAAUGAAAGUAAAGCUCCCCCUAAUAAUCUUUGUCUGGUGGCUGAAUAACUGUGUAAGUUGUAACAGAGGUAUUAUAUAAGAUGAUUUUACAACCAUCAAGCUAUAAAUUUAGCAAAUUCGAAUGAAAUUUAGUCAAAAAAUUUUUAAGGCAAUGCAAAUUCCAGCCACAAAAGGAUGGCAAUAUGGAUGACAACCCAAAUUGUUCUGCAACAUUAGCUAAUUAUAGCUUACAGUAUUUAGCGUACAGUACAUAUUCGAUGCCAAAAGUAGUACCUUGACACAACAGCACAUGUAAAUUAUUAUUUAUCUCCCAGAGAUAGAAGGUCGUGGUAAUGUAGCUUACCUCAGUAAUGGCAGAUUUCCCACUCAGUGAGCGCCAGUAUUUGAAGUGAUUUUUAAGCGUCCUAAUUUUUUAUGACUGAAUUACAGUUAAAAGGUGUUCACGGGUCUUGAAAAUCCUGGAAACUCCUUGAAUUGGAAAACAAAUUCCAGGACUGGAAAGUCCUUGAAAUUCAGUAGAAGUCCUUGAAAUUCCUGGAAUUAAUUUCCUUAACCUCCAGCUGUGCCAACAUUAGUGAUUUUGAUUAAAAUUACUAAAUAAAGUGAAAUAAAUUUGCUGGGCAAAUCCGUGCCAUUUUCAAAGAUUUUUCCCAGUUCUAGAUCCUUGAAUUUACUGAAAAAGGGCUUUGAAAGUCCUGGACCGGGUGAAUUUUCACCUUCACCAAAGGGUGGACACCCUGAGUUAAAUUAAAUGCAUAUAAUCAAAUGAAAUUAACAAUGUACAAUGCUAAAUCAAAGUAAUGAUACAGAGGGAAGCACUUUCGUAUUCCUUCUAAAUAUCAAUACAUCAAUUCACCAAAGUAAAUAGGUUAACUAGCGACAGAUCCACAGUGGCACAUCAAACAUGCUAGAUAUUUUAAUAUAAAAACUUCUAUUAGCAUGUUAAAUGGUAAAAUAGUAAAAAUACAACAGUCAUCUUCUAAAUGUCUGUCAGUCAGUCAAUAUCCUUCUUGCAAAAAAAUCAUUAUCCUUCUUGCAAAAUGUAGACACCAUUUCUUUACCGUAUAAAAUCCAUAAAAAUGCUUAGUUUACUGUAUAUCGCCCGCACGAAUUCAGUGUUGCGGAUUGAGCAAGAGCAUGCGCACAACUAACCGGAUGUCUAAAAUUCGACGUCCAGUAUUCCGUUUUCCCAUAGUCACGCCCUGCACCUAACCUGCGAACGGGCAUAUUCUGGCUAGGAGAUUCUGUGCGCCACUGAUUUCAAUACUCCAACCAGGGCUUAGCGCAAUGAAUCAAAUGAAUAUAGUUAUACAUGCCCGUAGUAGCACGAAUGCAACUAAUACACCCUUUCGAUAAUUACGUCAUUUGACCUGGGAGCCUCGCUCUCAUGAAUUGUGAGCCAGUCACCUUGCGUAAUUUACUAAUGAGAGCGAGGCUCCAAGACCAAAAAGUGUGUGUGACGUGAUUAUCGCAAGAAUGUAUUAAAACAAUGUCAUGCGUGUUUUAGAUGGAACCUAACAUGACUUCUGUGGAAACGUGUGAUGGAAAUAAAGGCAGCGAUAUUGUGGAAUUAGAUGUUGUAGAAAAGUAUUGUAUUAAACAAGAUGACCAAAGUCAGAGCAACGAAGGGGACAUAAAAGGUACAGUAUAUUGGAGAUUUAGGCAUUUGCUAUUUCGCUUAUAAAUAAAAAGAGACUUUCAUGUGUGCAGAUGGGGACUGUCGAGAAAUAGUUGGGAUAAACUGAACAUAGUCUCUUCAAGUCUUGUAUUACGGAGCCGUAUCUAUUAGCCGCAUUGUAACAUUUCAGCCGCAUUAUAUAAGCUUAUGAACAUAAUUUGCUUUCCUUUUUAUCAUGAACUUCUACAAAAGUUAAUUUAACUAAGAAACUUUCGCAUACAAUGCAUAGGAAAGACUUCAACAACAAGAACAAAGUCUAUGUACUAUUUAAAGCAUGCGUAGGAGUGUUUUAUCAGAUAUAAAACGCGAGGCGCAGCCGAGCGUUUUAUAUCUGAUAAAACACGACUACAAGUGCUUUAAAUGGCUUAAAAAACGACCCAUCUUCUGAUGAGUAAAUUAGCGAAGUAAUUUUUAAAAUAAACUUUGUCUAAACCGAGAAAAUCAAAGCUAAAGUUUAUGUAAAUUAACAUGAUUUUUUUAUUACAUAUAAAGAUACGACACGCUUAUGAUUUUUCUUUGUGUUUUGCUCCUGAAUUAUUAAUGAUUUUUUAAAUAUUUAUAAUAUAAUAGACUUAAUAAUACAAAGUCACACAUAAACAAUUGAAACAAACUUGCCCUAUACUUUAGGAUUUCUCACUAAUUUAAUUCUUAUAAAUGUUUACGUUUAAAAAAUGAAAAAGUUUUAAAAUUUGUUAUGUGAAACGAUUUUCCAGGCUUUCUUACAUGUAGUAUAUUUUAUACUUUUGCCUUCACUCCUGGCAAACAGCCAUAUUUUGAGAUCAGUGAGAUGACCACCCACGCACAGUGACCCACGCCCGCGAUCAUUGAUCAACUUUAGACUUCGCUAAUGCUUUCCUUUCCCCGGCUGUAAAUAGCCGAACGGAAUUAGUACCCUCGCCCCGGGCUUGCGCCCGGAACGGCGCUCCGCGCAGUUGACUCGGGGAUUAUGUACUUGAUGCUGUAUUUUGAGAUUUACUGCAUGUUGGGUUAGAAUAGUUGUCUAAUUUUACAUCUAUAUAGCAUUAAAGUUUGCUGAUAUUUUCUUUUUCCAGUUGUUGAAGCUAUGACACCUGUAUUUGAGAUUGAUAAAGAGCAAACUUCGGAUAAAAAAGUUACAGAGCAAAGUUCGUGUAAUGAAAAAGAUGCAGACGUGGAAACUGGUAGUUCUCUUACUUCGGUGUUAUGGAGUGAUUGUUUUAAACCAAGGAAUUCAUCGGAAAUUUUAGGAAAUACCAACUCCGGGUCUAGAUUGAAGAACUGGCUUUCUGAAUGGAAAACUUUGAGGGAGAGAAAGUUAGAAGCUUUAAAGAGGCACGAGGAAAAGAAACGGCAAAGGUAAGGUUUCAAAAUGAUCCAAAUUUUUUCAAUUUCCGCGGAAAGAAAGAUUUUACAUAGCUAUAUACAUGUUUAGUACUACAUAUAGUAGAUAGAUCAUUAAAUAUACACAUCGCAGCCAAACAGCUGAAUUACGUGUAAGAUUACUACGGACUAUUUACAAUUUAAAUUAAAUACCGAUCAUUUUGUUCAUUUGGUGGCUGACCAAUUCCAAUUGUGACCGGUCAACUUUCAUGAGACCCCACGAAUAUUCGCCUCACUGCAAACGCAUUGCUCACUCAGUGUAUAUUAAACAACGAUCAAAUUUCGGACUGUCCGCUGAGUUAAUAGUUUAAGUGAUUAUGGUAGACGUUAAGGUAUACGUUCAUAAACAUUUAUGAACCUUUAUGAAAAGGCAGGAUUACAUAAACAAAAAUGAAUGCAAUUUGCAGAAUCAUGAACCGUGAUUUGUUUCAUUAAUACAUCAAAUUCAAUUAGCCUUUCUCACGGCCAUUUGUUCCGCCAUUCUGGGGGUACUGCCUCUCCCACGUUUGAGACUCUCCGCACCACGAAAUGCGACUUUUUAGUAUUAUAGUUGUUUGUACAAUGGUAAUUUUACAGUUACAACUUUUAAAAGUCGCUUUUCACGUUGUUUGAAUUGUUUAGAAUCUUUCACGAGGGCAGAGACAGUACCCCAAAGAUGGCAGAUUUUGGCCUUCAUGAGAAAGGUUAAUUAAUCUCUCGUUGACUACUAUUUGUAAACUGGUCCUUGAAAGUUUACUCACACUUGUACUAAAAUUACCGGUUAAGCAAAUCAAAUUGUUAUUUCGGUUUUCAUUCUGUUUACCAGGUUGGCUGCAGAGAAGGGCGACAUGGAAACGUCGUCUAAUCGGUGGUAUGAUGACGAUGAUUCAGAUUUUUCUUCAAGUGAUGACAGCAGUGAUGAGAAUUUUUGUGAUGAGGAAAAUGUUUGUAAUACAAUGUUGCUGUCUGGUCCAGUUGGCUGUGGGAAAACAUCAGCCGUUUAUGCUUGUGCUGAAGAACUUGGAUUUAAGGUAACACUUCUCAGUCACACAAAACUGAAAUAUAGGUACAGUACAAUAUGCAUGUUCUCGCUUUCACUGUGAUUAGCAGACGUGUUGCCAACAACUGGGAUCAAUUGAAGUAUGCGACCCCCAUAAGUUACUUCUCCAAAUAACUGUUUUGCUCAUGAAUGAUCUAGUUCAUGAAUUAAAAGUGUCUUUAGUAAAUAACAACAAUAACAACAACAACAACAACAACAACAACAACAACAACAACAACAACAACAACAACAACAACAACAACAACAACAACAACAACAACAACAAUACAUUAGGGUUUAAUAAAGUAGGGUUUAUCAAAGAACGAGGCAGUUCUUUAGAGAACUAGUUAAUGGGGGUCGUAUACUUCAAUUGAUCCAACAACUGCCCAACUGAACACUUGAUGAUUACGUAAUUGAUCUUUUUAGAGCAAACUAAAGGCUGUGGUACAUAAGGCAAUUUCGCCUGGCAACCAGCUACGAUUUUAGCUAGGAUUUACGAUUUAGGGAGUGUUUCUAAACAGGGGAGUGCAAGGGGGGAGUUCAGGGGUUGAAAUGACCGGGCUGGUCGCCAAAUGACAAUGAUAACGUAAUUCUAAAGCCUUAAAAUAUUUCAGUCUCUCAAAUAUUUCAUUCUGAUGCAACAUAUUAAACAACUGUUUUUUAUGUUAUAUAUACACACAACUGAACAUAAUACUUCAUAAGACAUUGACAUAGGGCGACUUUUUUUAAAUUUGGUGAGCAGAUCUUGUAUUUUAAACGUUAAUUCUAAUUUUGUUCCAUUUGUGGGUUUUUUUGGCAGGUUAUUGAAGUGAAUUCAUCAACCAAGCGAGGUGGUAAAUACAUCUUAUCAGAAUUACAGGAAGCCACGCAAUCACACCAGGUUUCUACGAAACGUAACUUGCAAGGACAGUCUUCACUGCUUCCUCAUGCUAACAGCAGCACGAACGGUCCCGGCGAAAAGAAACAUGGAAAAGAAGAAAUUAAGAAGGACAAGAAGUUGUCUAAGAAGGGGCGACCGAAAAAGAAGGAACAGCUUUCUGAAGAGACUCAAGGACCGAUGUCUCUUAUACUACUUGAUGAAGUAAGAAGUCACACUGAAUUUUCUUAAUUUCUCAAUCUCACCUGUUGAUAGCAAACAAAGCUGUAAUUGAGUGGCAAAUACCUGUAUUCUCUGUAAUUGCAUGUAAGAAGAUUUAAUAUUGCACGAAAAUGUGUAAAUGUUUUCUUCAGAGACUAUAGUUUGUAAUUUCUCAGAGUUCAAUAUAAUCCUGUGGACUUGGUCUAACAAUAUAUCAGACCAAGCAACGUUUUGGUCAGACAUUUCUGGAUAGUAACUGUCUUUUAUCAUAAUUUUAUUUAGGAAACUGUUAGAUAUUCAUUUAUUCAAAUUCUCAUGCUUUUUGUCAAACAGAGGAAAUCAUAAUUCGAUUGUAUUCUCUAUAUACUAUUUAAAGGAACACUGUCAUCAAAAUUUUUAUUUUCUUAAACGAAAAUGCUCUUAAAACUGUAUAAUAACCUGUUUUGAAGAUUUUUGUUCCCAUGCUUAGUUCUUGAGAUAUUUCAUUUUGUUUGUGACGUCAUUUACUCAAUUACAUAUAUAAUGAGAUAUCAGUAAUUGUUGUGUAUCUUUGCUAUUUUUUAUGGAUUUUUUAAAAAAAACAGUAUGCUUAAUGAUGAAGGUUAAAUUAACAAACGCGCCGCAUCUUUCGAAAGAUUUUGAUAAAAAACAGCAAAGAUACACAACAAUUACUGAUAUCUCAUUAUAUGUGUAAUUGAGUAAAUGACGUCACAUGGUUACAAACAAAAUGAAAAAUCUCAAGAACUAAGCAUGGGAACAAAAAUCUUCAAAACAAGUUAUUAUACAGUUUUAAGAGCAUUUUCGUUUAAGAAAAUGCAUUUUCGUUUAAGAAAAUAAAAAUUUUGAUGACAGUGCCCCUUUAAAGCACGUAUAGGAGUGUUUUAUCAUUUUUAGAAUGCGAGUGCGCAGCACGAGAUUUUAGAUAUGAUAAAACACGACUACAAGUGCUUUAAAUGACUUAAAAGUUAAGACUUUUACAAUAUUCUUUAUAUAAAGAAUACUAGUUAGGAUGGAUUUUAUAUAAAGAAUACUGAAGAUGAGUUUUAUCUGGCAUAAAGCUACUUCAUGUCACAUAUGGUUCACAUGACUUGCCAAAAAGCAAGAAUUAUUAAUGAGUGUUUUAAAUCAAUUAUGAAAUCUGGUGUUUUCAUCUUUUUAUAUUCAACUUCAGGUUGAUGUGUUGUUUGAAGAAGACAAAGGAUUUUGGGUUUCAGUAAACACUCUUCGACUGAAUUCAAAGCGGCCAAUUGUCAUGACUGCAUCAGGUAAGUUUUUUUAUAUAUUAUAUUCUUCCUUCUUCUAAAAUUUUUCCAAACAAGGAUCGUUUCCAACUACGUCGAUCAUUCUUUUUGUUUUGUGGAAGUGGCCAAGAAGUAGAAAAUAACAAUAAAAAACUUUGUUUGGUGUAUUUCUACUGUAAACGAGUUAAGCUAAUACAUAUCCCUUAUAGAUUGGAAAGAUAUUUGACGGAUUGAAAACGAACUAUGGCAUGGCGGCCACUUACGGACCGACUAUAGUAGUAAGAGUAGUUCGUUUUCAAUCCGUCAAAUACUUUCCAACUCCUUUACAGCUGCAAAGCUAUUGUAUUUUUAUUUGUUACGUCUUGAUAUAACAACAGUCUGACACAAGCUGACACUAAUUAUUUAAUUAAUGAACAAUUGUUACCUUGGUGUCAAAUUACGCUGGUAAUUUCUCUUCUGUUUUUCUCAUGAAUGAGUAGUGAUAUCGACUGACUCAAUGCUCGAUCAUGCAUCCAUGCGCUUUGUUCCCCAUUGUUGCCUUGUUAGCCACAUGCUAGAGCAUUAACAGAAAGCUUUUUUCUGUCACAGUGGUCUCAGAACGAAAUUAGUUUUUCCCAAGCCUGACUGUUCCCUAAAAUCUUAUCCCCAUUGUUUAAUUGCAAACUGUGCACACAAUACAAAAGGGGCACUGAUUGAUGCCGUCAUCUUCGGGUAAGUGGAAAUGUACUGAUCAUCCUUUCUUGAAGUUGAAAGCGAAGUUAAAGGACUCGGCUCGAACAGAUCGAAUCGAAAGUAUUCUAAAAGCAUGGACAUUACGACUCGUGUCUGAUCACGGAGCGCAGUUACGGUGAAGAGUCAGUUUGGCGCUAAUACCAACUUAGCCUGUUUCGGUAGAGCGUUGACUGAUUCUUUUGACACAAGUGUCGUAUGUCCGCAGCGAGAAUCAAACCAACGAGGUCGCUCGCUCUGACGAUUGCACCCCCGACGUCCUGUGAGCAUUAUUUGUAUUCUCCGUUAAUUGUAAUCUCCAUGUUGUAUUCUCUCUUUUAGACCCAAGUGCAAUAGAAGUUGAUGGAGAAUUUGAACAUGUAAUACUAAAGUCACCUUCACUUAAGCUUUAUGCUGCAUAUCUCCAAACUGUUUGCUUGACCAAGAAUGUAUUUGUCAACCCAUCCGACAUACAUGCGCUUUCCUGGCUACAUUACUCGGACAUCCGCCGUUUGUUGCUGAGUUUGCAGUUCUGGGUUGAUUCUAAUGCUGGUACUUGCUAUAAACGUGGAGUGACAGUUAGAAAUGACCUUGGGACUAAUGCUAGUAUUUUGUUCAACAAUGAAACGGUAUCUGUUGCAACUGACGACAAUCGACUUCAUGGCAACGAAGAUAAUACUUUGGUAGAACAAAGUAAAGAUAAAUUAGUAAAGAAUUCUAGUCCGAUAAAGACAAACAACACAUCAACAAACACCCAAGAUAAAUGUGAUGUCAAAAUAUAUUCUGCAGGUGUGGCAGAUUCUGGUAGUGUACCCAAUACAUCCAGUAAAAAUGAAGCGGUCAACACAACCACUACAGAUAUUCAACAACUCAGUAGCACAGAAAACCAAAGAGAGUUUGAAAAUGCAACGAGUCGUUGUACUAGUGCUAGUGAAUUAACGAACCCCGAGCUAACCAACCAAUCACAAUAUGGCAACGCCUUAUCAUUAGAAGAAAACAAAACUACAAAACCAUGUGAAGUUAGCAGUCGUUUAGUUAAUCAAGAUUCCAACCAAAAGCCAGGCGAUGAAAUAUUGGUCUCAGAAAAAUGUAGCCAAGCGCAAUCGUUGGGUGAAAAUAAAGUUGAUUCUACAAAACUAUGUGAUGUUAGCAGUGGGGUAGAUAAGCAAGAUUGUAAUAGCAAGCCAAGCAGUGAACCCUUGAUAGUUCCAUCAGAGAAAACAAAGAUAGAGAUGCAUAACCUUUGCUUGGAAAGUCUGUUAGGUCUUCGAAAUAUAAACAACGAUGCUGCAGAUGUUUUGGAGACAUUAAAAUCUAAGGUAUGUACCUGUUACUGAAUAAUAACAGUAUUUAAGAAAUUCAUAUUUUCUUUGUCUGAUUUUUUUAAAACUAGGAAUUGUCGUCGAAUUUUCAAGACAUUCUUUAAACAGCGUAUUACGCAAGCAUUGGCUUGUAAUAGGAACAUUCGUACUCUUUGGCGAAAUUAAUAAUAGAAUAAUAUUAUAUUUGUUUUAUUUUAUACUUUUUAAACUCAUAUGCGUGCAAAUUGUCGAGAGUUGCGAGUUCUACAUGCGAUGUAGUUUCAAUAUUUCAUUUGAGACAUUAUUUUUCUAUUGUUUAGAAUUCCUUCCAGCAAAAAUGUUUGGUGACUUCCCACUGUCAGGGUCUAAACUUGGAUAUAGUGUAUUGUAACCUGGAAACAUUAUUCCCCUGUGUGUUUUCUUCCGUCAACAUGAUUGACGACAAUCCUGUGAAGACACGCCUUUCAAAACACAGCGAUCACCCGGCAUCAGACAAGGGAGAUAAGAGUGAUACUUGUGAGGCCAAAGCUUCUGAGUGCCAAAAUGAUGGUGACAUGGAAGAGGAAUCCUGCGUAAAGAAUGACAGCAAAACUAUUGAUGAGGCGAAAAUUCAGGAUAAAGGUAUAUUUAUAUUAACUGUGGUUUGAACAUUGUUUAUGUACCACUUACCCCAAAUAUGAUUUUCAGUUAGUGAAGUAUGUGGGGCGUUGUUUGGGUUAUUCCACUUUUUCGAUGUAAACGUUGCCGGAUAUGUUGCCGUAGGAAAACUAAUUUUGAUUUUUCAACAUGGACAUAAUAAGAACACAUAGAGUAGAAUUUUUAUGAACCCAGCCUGAUCUGGUGCUCAUGCAUGGUUAAGGAUGCGACUCUUGAUCAAGCACGUACGAGUUUCAAUCACGUGAUAUUUUAGCAUAAUUUCACUCAAGUGGGGGGUCAAUCAUUGAACUGAGGUCAACAAAGAAAGAAAGUGGAUGUCAACGCUUAUGUAAAUGGAGUUCUCCUACUAUUAUAAAAGCCAAUAUAAAACAAUAUAAAUGUCGUCCUUUACCCUUGACCCCCACGUGAUGUCAUAUGAAACUCGAGAAUAGAGGGAGGCACUAGUCUGUGGUCUUGCUCGACAAUUUUACAGUCAUGUUACUAUGUUACUUGGUACCUAUGAGCGAAGAGUAUUAUACAGAUUAGUGCCACCCUGGUGCCACUAAGUACGAAUUACCCAUUAAUUUGUUUAGAUCUCAUUUCCAAGAAACUUGUUGGGAUGUCACUUAAAUGUUUGGAGAGCUUUUAUGAAGAUAUGUCGUUCAUGGAAUCUGAACUUUGCUGUGGUGACUCUGGAACUCCCGAGGAAAGAUUUGAAUCAUGGUCUGCCAAAAUAUCACCUGGUCUCAAGGACUCUGUGGACAAGCACUCACCUUGUCAUAUAACGUGGAAAACGAGGAAUGCUCAAAAUGAACUACGAGGGGCCUUAGAAGUUGCCAGUCUAGAACAUGCGCAUAAACGCUUUCAUGACCUUUGUAGCCAUUGUGGUGAACAAUUCCUGAAAUAUGGUAGAAAUUUAUUAUCUGAGUGUUACCCAUUAUCAUAUUUAAAUCAAGGUGUUGCCACCGAUGAUAUGCAAGUCACUGACAUUGCUGAUGAAUUGACAGAUACGAAGAUUCUUCUGAGCACACUGGAUGCUAAAACUUGUUUACAAACAACAUGCACCGAAAAUUCCGCUAGGUAUUACGUUUGUAUUUGUAUGACUGUAUACUAUUUACGUGAGCUGCCGUGUAUAUCCGAUACAACACAGACGCGAAUAUUAUAAACGGCUUGUGAAAGUCUUGAUGACGUUUUCAACAAUUUAAAGACCAUGGAAAGUCCGUAAUGUAAACAAACGCUUUGUUUACAUUUUGAACUCAGUGCUACAGUUGUAAAAUGUGAUUAGAUAUAUAUUAUACUGAAUUUUUAACACUUGUGGUUCGCUAUGCUUGUAAAUGAAUACAGACUAGAGAUUCAAUUCAAGAAAGUUCAAAAGAUACGAAAUAUUAAUAACAUUCCAACGGUCGGGUCCCGACCAUUGGAAUGUAAGCCUGUGCAGAGCGGACUUUACAUGGUCUUUAAUAAAUUAAUGAUAUUUGGUGAGAAAAUUUAACUUAAAAUUUAUGUACAUCAGCAUGAUUUCUUUUGUGUUUUCGUCAUGGAUUAUUAAUGAUUACACAAGUCAAAAUUACUAAAUUUUGUUUGGUUGAGAACAGAGUAUAUAUAUAUUUUUUGUGUUGUUGGUGUUAUGUGUACUCAGGUGAAUAUGAUGUUUGUGAUGUUACUCUGAGUGUGCAUCCACACUGGGCAAGCUGAAAAGUUUGCUUGCCUACGGUGGCCAAGUCUAUAGUUUAAUCUUAAGUGUGACCCAAUGCUGCAUGGCCAACAGCAACAGUUUAGUUAAUUAUUCAGGAUAAGUAGAGCUAAUUUAUACAAAGUUGUGAAUUUACAUGCGACUUCUCUUUCAGCAAAGCAAGAAAACGCGAGCAAAACUACACAACUGUUUUAUCACACUUGCCGGAGUUGAACUACCUCAAUAGGAGUGGUGUCGUCAUGGAUUACUUGCCAACACUCCGUGCCAUCUGCAGGAACGAAUCUCUUCGAAAAGCUGCACGCGUUAAGCGAAGGUAAAUUUUUGUUUAUUUAUAAACU